AACAUAAAAUGAUACCUUCAGAUGAUGAGGAAUAGUUUUCUCCAAAUUCUCAGUUAAAUAUUAUAUUUAUAUUAAAAGACUUAAACUUGAGGCAAGCAACUUUGAUUAAAAACCAAAAGAUUUUUUGAAAAAAUAUGCCGUCAUAGAUCAAUCAAAAAGGGUUCUAUUGUUGAAACGAAUUUUAUCAAAAGAAGCUACUAUCAAAGAAGCAGCUAAAGAAUUUAAUGUCAAUUUUAGCACUGCUAAAGCAAUUUUAUAAACAUAUAGAAAAGAAGGGCGAAUAGGAAAAAAGAAGACAAGGGAGAAAUAAAGGAAAGAAAAAUAGGAAAAAGAAAAUAGUAUUUAAGUUGAGAGAAAGAUUUAAUCUAUGUAUGAUCUGGAUAGAGAUAUUUAAUCAAAAAAAAAAAGUUUUUCUCCUGAUUUAAAAGUACUUAUUUAUAAAUCUAAGUAAUCUCUAGCCAAUUGAUUAACAUAUUACAAAUAGUUUAUUACAUCAACAUCAAUUAUUAAUAGCAAAGACAACUAAAAAUAUAGUAUCAGCUCAAAAUUUAGAAUAGAAAAAUGCCUAAUUAGAACUUGCUACUUGUUAAAGAGAAUUAGAAAAACAAAAAUUAGUUAAUUUCCACCUAACCUUGAUUAUUUCUGUAAUUUUAUUCUCAACAUUUCUUAGUCUCUUUAAUAAAAGAUAUUAUCCUUUUAAGUACCUCUAGUCAAAGAAGAAUUAAAAUGA